UGCCGUGAGCGUGCGUGCGUGAGAUGAUGUCGCUGCUGCUGGUGGUGGUCGCGCUCCAGGCUCUGCGAGAACGAGGACGGUGGUGCACGACGGCGACGUCCGUCCACGGCUGUGCCGGUGGACGCGCGUAGUAGUGUCGCGACGCCGCGCUCUACGUCGCAGCCAGCGUGCCGCCGAAGGCGUGUCGCCGCGUCGCGUGUUUCGUGCACGUACACAACGAGACGGUGGACGACACUCGUGUUCUCACUCACAUCGUUAGCUAGCCUGAUGCGAUCGUCGCGUCGGAACCAUGGCUUCGGUGAAGGUGGCCGUGAGGGUUCGACCCUUCAACAAGAGAGAGCUGGCGAUGAACGCGAAGCUGAUCGUGCAGAUGGACGGCAAGAGAACGCGGAUCUUCAACACCAAGACACCGGGUAGCUGCAGAGAUAUCGACCGGGAGAAGUACAAAGACUUCACGUUCGAUCACUCCUACUGGUCCUUCGACUCGAACGACGAGAACUAUGUGUCCCAGGAGGAGGUUUUCUACGAUCUUGGAACGGACGUAAUAGAAAGUGCCUUCGAGGGCUACAAUGCCUGCGUUUUUGCCUACGGCCAGACAGGAUCCGGGAAGACUUUCACGAUGAUGGGCACACCGGAAUCUCAAGGAUUGAUACCGCGAAUCUGCAAGACACUCUUUGCUAGAAUGGCAACUGGAAAGGAGAGCGGAGCGUCGUACAGGACGGAAGUAUCGUUCCUGGAGAUUCAUAACGAAAAAGUGAGAGACCUGCUUAGACUGGACCAAAGCCAAUCACACUCGCUUAAGGUGCGCGAGCACCCGAAACGGGGGCCUUACGUCCAAGAUUUAUCGAGUCACCUGGUCUACGAUUAUUCGGACAUUCAGGAAUGCAUGGUGAGAGGUAAUACGCACAGAACCACAGCCAGCACAAACAUGAACGACGUGAGUAGCAGGAGUCACGCGAUUUUUACGAUAACCUUCGUACAGGCCGGCUACUCGGAAGGCAACAUGCCGUCGGAAACCGUUUCCAAGGUGCACCUAGUCGACUUGGCCGGAAGCGAACGUGCGAACGCGACUGGAGCAACGGGUCAGCGGUUGAAGGAAGGCGCGCACAUCAACAAGUCCUUGGUGACUUUAGGCUCUGUGAUAUCCGCACUCUCCGAACUAAGUUCGGGCAGCGACGCGUCGUCUAUGUCGAAGCGGAACGUCUUCAUUCCUUACCGAGAUAGCGUGCUCACGUGGCUAUUGAAGGACUCCCUGGGUGGCAAUUCCAAGACUAUCAUGAUCGCAGCGAUUAGUCCGGCAGAUUGCAAUUACGGGGAGACUCUCAGCACUCUUAGAUAUGCCAAUCGCGCGAAGAAUAUCAUCAAUAAACCGACCAUCAACGAGGAUCCCAAUGUGAAGCUUAUCAGGGAGCUCAGAGAGGAGAUACAGAAAUUGAAGUCCCUUAUUGGCAAGGAUAUGAGCGUGGAGAGGCCGCCGCAAGUAUUGUUAGAUCAGAUCUACGAGAAACAAGAACAAGAGAAGGUACUGACCGAAGAGUGGACCGAAAAGUGGCGAGAAACGCAACAGAUCCUACAGGAGCAAAAGGCGCUGGGACUGCGAAAGAGCGGCGUCGGCGUUGUUCUCGAUUCGGAGAUGCCACAUCUGGUUGGCAUCGACGACAAUCUCCUCAGCACCGGCGUCACGUUGUAUCACCUGAAAGAGGGCAAAACUUUAGUCGGCACAGAGGAAGCUCCUAAUGUCCAGGAUAUCGUGUUAACUGGCGCGGAUGUAGAACCGGAGCACUGCAUAGUCGAGCUGGAUAGCGGCGUGGCGACGCUGCAUCCACUUUCGCCACACUGCUGGAUCAACACCGCCCAAGUGGACAAGCCGACGCGAUUAUCGCAGGGCUGCAUCAUUCUCCUGGGCAGAAAUAACAUGUUCCGAUAUAACGAUCCAGCCGAGGCGGCGAAACUACGGAAGGAAGGCGGCUCAGGCAACGGCAAUCUUCAGUCGACGGUCGUUAAUCUGUCGAGACUGUCGCUUUUGAGCUGGAGCGUCUCUGAUCUGCACGCCUCCUCUUCCAGUGAUAAUCUCUUGAACUCGAGUGAAGACCUCAGGGCGGUCGAAGAGCUGGAGCAGCAGAAGGCCGCUCUUAUCAAGGAGAAGGCGGACUUUAAGAGGGAACAAGAGGAGCGCGAGGAGAGAUGGGCUGCUCGGAGAGAGGCUCUCGAAGGAGCACAGCGCGAGCUGGAACGCGAAUGGGGCGCUCAGUGGAAAGAAUGGGCGGACGCGAUCACGGCCUUGGAGUCGCGGCAACGAGAUCUGCGCGUGCGACGGCAUCACCUGGAACAAGAGCGACGGGACGAAAUGACGCAAGUAGAAAAUAUGUGUAGGGAAAUCGCCUCUCUGCGCACAACAUUGCAGUCCAAGCAUCGACAGCUGCAAGAGAUCAUGAACAGUCACGAACGUGCGCAAAAUUUUCACCAUCAGUGGGAGAAGACGGAUAACGGUGCCGGAAGUGACAGCAGUCUGCCCGAGUCGUGGUCCAGCCUGAACGACGAGAAGUGCAUCGACAGCGUCAGAGAGCUGGUCAAUCAUCACAAGAAAGAGCUGGUCGCCUUGGAGAACGAGCUGCAGAGCAAGGUGAGGUCGUUGAAUGAGCAUCAGAGCAAGGUGGACAAGAUGGAGGAGGAGCUGAUGGAAAUCGCGAAGAGGCAGAAACACAUGUUCCAUUUAGAAGAUUCACUUGAUGAUUUUCAGUCGGCCGACGAAGGAGUAACGGACAAGAAGUUGUUUCUGUCCAAGCGGACGCAGGAGCAGAUGCAGGAGAUCCUACGGAGGAAGCAGAGUCUCUCGUUGAACCUGAAGCGCGCGCUACCGGCGUCACCGGGUGAUCAGUCGUCGAGCGGCGACGAGACGACGUCCAGCUGCGACAUGAAGUCCUUCCAGGACGCGAACAAUCGGAAGCUCCAGAUCGUCUCGGCCCUGAGCCUGUUGCCGCAGAGUGUGCCGAGUUCUAUCGAGACCAUGGAGACCUUUCACACAGCGGCGGCUGAUUCUCCGGAUCCUCCUGUGGUGUUCGUGGACGCCGACACGACGCGGACGAGCGACUCCACUGCGAAGAACGAAGACGCACAGGAGCAGGAGGAGGAGAGUGGGGAGGACGAUGUGACGCGCGAUUGUAGAAUAUCACCGGAGAUAGAGAGUGAAGGCACGACAAUAAUAAACACCGGUAAAGUUUCCUCGUUCACCACGGAGACGGCGACGACGACGACGACGACGACGAGCGACGAGGAGGAGCAGAAAGAGAAGGAGGAGAAGAAGACUAGUUCGCCCACGGUGACUUCCGCGAUCACGGAGAGCAUCUUCCAGGACUCGCUGGAGUCGCCGAUACAACAGAAUCCGGCGAUGAAGAGACUGAACCAAAGAAUCGCGCGUCAGCGGAUGAUGGUGAUGAGAUGCCUGGAGGCGAACACCCCGUCGAAGGAGGACCUGAAUCGACAGAUAAUGAUACUGCAGGACUUGCAGAAGCAGCAGAUCGAGCUGGAGGUGUCGCUGCUGGAGGACGAACGAAAGAAUCAGAGGCAACCACCGGCGCGGUGUAGCGACGGCGACGAUAGGCUCGCGAUCGCCAGCGUGGGCAACGUGGACUAUGUACAGAACGAACCAAAUGCUUAUUGUAGUGUAGAAUCUACGAAUAAUAGCUCCGCCAUUCUAUUAACGGUAGCGACAACCAGAUCUCAACUUUUCAGGAAUAACAGGCCUAAUACUAAUGAUCAAGAGACUUUGUCGGAAACGACACCGCCCAGGCGAUCCUCCAGUCGCGGUUACUCGACGGUCUAUUUGACGAGCCAGAAUCGUGGCGACCGAUUGAGCAGUCCGUAUUCCCUGACGAUCACGAGAUCCCUGCCGUCGUUGAUAGCGAACGACGGCGACUGCGACAGCGUGAUCAACAUGAUCGUCAGUAUACCGUCGUACGUGAUACGCGGAGCUGGCACGUCCAGCCAUUACGAGUAUGAGGUGCGAGUCGUAGCACAGGACGACAGCUGGACGCUGUUGCGUAGAUACAGAAGGUUUCGAGAGCUGUAUAUAUCUAUGCGGCAGAAAUACGGUAGCAAGGUCGCAGCGAUACGCUUUCCUCCGCGCCAGGUUUUUCCAAAGUACGAGGUCGUGGCGAGACAGCGCAGGAAACGUCUCGAAGAAUAUCUUCGCCGAUUGAUUCAAAUCUGUUCGGAGCUGCCGCACUGUGAGCCUCUAUACAAGCACAACGGCAAUCUCAGCAACAUAGAUAAGCAAUCUCUCUUGGAAUUCAGUCCGUUCUUCAGGCGCGGCAUGUUCGAGAGCAGCAAAUACGGCACCAGCUAAGAUAUCCUGUGUACGCUGCGUCGAUCUUCAUCCUUCUUCACACGCCGAAGAGCGAACGUUGUCUCUUCGAUCAAAGAUAGCGUAGCGAACGUACGUUUGCGAUACAUUGUAUUUUUCGUUUUCCUUUUCUGUCUUAUUUAUAAAGAUGUAGUAGUUAGAGUGAAGGAAAAAGUAUCGAUAAAUCGCGCGCGGCAGCGUGCUCGUACACGAGACGAGUCGCCUAACAUUCGUGGUAUUUCUUGAACUGUCGAUAUCGCGGAAAAUUAUGCGAGACUGCCUCUCCUAGUGUCUCGUCGGUGUCGAUGAUCCGAUACAAUUUUCAUCGAUGCUUCGAGAAGCACGCUAUUUAUUAUAUAAAACGGCUACGUAUUAAUAAUCCAAUGACAAGUAUGUUGAGUGACUCGUCCGGCGUGAUAUUUUAGUCGUUACAAAAAAUGUAUGCUUCCAGAAGCUUAGCGAUUGUAAGACUGUUCUAGACAAUUAGCGUUCCCUCUCGUUACCGUCUCGAGCGCAUCGCCGACGGCGAAUCCGAAGUGCACGCGGGGAUAUUAACGAGAAGGCAACGUGAUAUAUUCUUUACGAGAGAAACUCGUCUAUACGAUGGUUGGCGGAAGCGAAACACAUAUCGCGUCAUAGUGAUUUAUUUUAUCUUUUACAGAUAUUUUCCUAUAAUGUCUUUCUCCUGAUAGAAUCCACAAUCACGAAGUGUACCUUCCUGCGAAUAUAGUCGAAUCUUGUAGUCGAUAUAAUUCUCAGUUAUGUUGUUAGCGCGAGCACAAACGUUAUUGUAAAUUACGCAUUUUAUCGCAAGAAAUUAUGCGGGAGCUUAUCAGUAGCUACGGUGAUCAUGGGACAUCAUAUAGUUCGUUCACGAUAGUCUCAAAGAGUAUUUAUUUUAUGCGUCGAGAGUAAUGUUUUGUACACACGCGAUCCAAACUAUAGAAGAGCAAUCGAUGGGAUUGAAGAGAGAUAGAACUUUCCAUUAAUAUGUAAUUAUAUCAACUUGGGUAAGCGAAUAUGUGAGUUGUUACUAAUAAAAAUUGAAUAUGUUUGAGGUGAUAAAUUAUUAUAAACACGCACGCAUAUGUAAGUGUCUCGAUUCAAGUAGAUCGAUUGUUUCUUUCUCGUGAACGUGAUAAAAGUGUCGCGAUUCAAUAUCCGGAAGUGAAGAAAUAAGAGUUGGUCUCCCUGGUGAUACUGUUCACAAUAUUGUUUCCUACAUUACAUAUUUGUUUGCCCGUGUUGAUACAUACACCGCGGUCUUUACAAUGUUCUGCAGAUGCGUCAGCUUGUGAGAUGGCGGUGUUACAAGCGCAAAAAGACAUCAUAUCGCUGUUAAAGUUCUUCCGGUUCUGGGGAUUCUAUACGCAUACGUACAUAUACAUUUAUAUAUGUAUGCGUACGUAUAUUGUUACAUACAUAAUACUUAUAUAGUAUGUAUAUUAUAUAAAUGUAUAGUGAGGAAGUAGCAGAACCAUCGUUAAAGUUGGAACCGUUAUGCAAUCAUCGGCAUUUAUUUGAAUAAUAUUAAACCAAAGUGCGAUCAUAUGUUAUUAUUAUUAUAUUAUUAUAUUAUUACUAUAUUAUUAUUAUUAUAUGACAAUUAUCGAUUUCGCGAAAGUGUUGCCGCAUUGCUAUUAAUGACGACUGGUCAAAUUGGCUCGUGCGAAUUAAGUAUUAACGAUUACCAAAACGCUUCUUUCAUCGGUAUGCGAAAGACUUUAGAGAUAUUCGAAAUUAUGUAAAACGGCUUCCUUAAUUACAUAGCCAGGGGUAUUCAGCCUUGUUAUAUUCCGAUCAAUUGAUGGAUAAGAUGGGGAAAGUAAAGAAAAAGGGGAUAUUGAGAAUUACGCACUUUCAGCUUCGAACGCUGCUACUGUUUAGUACCAUAUAAAGUAAAUUAUAACGACUAAGCGCCACAAGUACGAUAAAUAUGCUUUUCGUAGUUAAAGGAAAAAAAAAGCAAAUAUUUAUUCCAUGGCUGUGUAUAACCGGACUCGAAAACCCCAAGAGAAGUGGGAGGAGAAAAUCAUCCUGGCUAGGUAGUAAUAGUAAUAAACACGGCGCUCCAGCACAAACAUCAUGAGAAGUGCGUAUUAUCAAGUAUCAAGGUAUCAAGUAUGUGUAUCAAGAUGUUAUACGGAGGCAGUUACUUACGGACAUUACCUCAUACAAUUUUCAAGGAAAAGAUAGAAAGCGGGAAAGAAAGUGACAGAGAAAGAAAGAGAGAGAAAGAACAAUCAUCGUCGUUAUCCGCUUUUUUAUACUUGAUCUACGAGACCUAUGUUCUGUAAGUGUAACAAUGGAGUACAAUAAAUUGUUAUAAUGCAGCGCA